GGGCGGGAGGCGGGAAUUCGUUUCGGGCUGUGUGGUUGAGGGGUCUGGUGAGUGCUGGAGUCGAGGAAAGGUACGGCGGCCCCAAGCCUGCACACCAGGCCGGGGAAGUAGCAGCCCCGCCAGGAAGAGGGAGGAGGAAGGGCUCGUGCCCUUUCUUCUCUUCCAGGGCUCCGCUUUAUUUGCUCUCAGAAGUCGGUUUCCUUUUCUUCAGUGAAUCGGAGCUCAGAGCGUUGCUUCGGUUACCCUCCAGACAGGAAUCUGAAAUAAACAGGAAAGCACUAUGUCUUCAGUGUGGUCUGAAUAUACAAUUGGCGGGGUGAAGAUUUACUUUCCUUAUAAAGCUUACCCGUCACAGCUUGCUAUGAUGAAUUCUAUUCUCAGAGGAUUAAACAGUAAGCAACAUUGUUUGUUGGAGAGUCCCACAGGAAGUGGAAAAAGCUUAGCCUUACUUUGUUCUGCUUUAGCAUGGCAGCAAUCUCUUAGUGGAAAGCCAGCAGAUGAGGAUGUAAGCGAAAAAGCUGAAGUACCAUCGUCAUGUUGUUGUACAUGCCAUUCAAAGGAUUUUACAAACAAUGACAUGAACCAAGGAACUUCACAUCAUUUCAACUAUCCAAGCACACCACCUUCUGAAAGAAAUGGCACUUCAUCAACUUGUCAAGACUCCCCUGAAAAAACCACUCUGGCUGCAAAGUUAUCUGCUAAGAAACAGGCAUCUGUAUACAGAAAUGAAAAUGAUGAUUUUCAAGUAGAGAAGAAAAGAAUUCGACCCUUAGAAACUACACAGCAGAUUAGAAAACGUCAUUGCUUUGGAACAGAAGUACACAAUUUGGAUGCAAAAGUUGAUUCAGGAAAGACUGUAAAACUCAACUCUCCGCUGGGAAAGAUAAACUCCUUUUUGCCACAGAAAACCCCUGGCCACUGUUCUAGGUGCUGUUGUUCUACUAAACAAGGAAACAGUCAAGAGUCAUCGAAUACCAUUAAGAAGGAUCAUACAGGGAAAUCCAAGAUACCCAAAAUAUAUUUUGGGACACGCACACACAAGCAGAUUGCUCAGAUUACUAGAGAGCUCCGGAGGACGGCAUAUUCAGGGGUCCCAAUGACUAUUCUUUCCAGCAGGGAUCAUACUUGUGUCCAUCCUGAGGCAGUCGGUAACUUCAACAGAAAUGAGAAGUGCAUGGAAUUGCUAGAUGGGAAAAACGGAAAAUCCUGCUAUUUUUAUCAUGGAGUUCAUAAAAUUAGUGAUCAGCACACAUUACAGACUUUCCAAGGGAUGUGCAAAGCCUGGGAUAUAGAAGAACUUGUCAGCCUGGGGAAGAAAAUAAAGGCCUGUCCAUAUUACACAGCCCGAGAACUAAUACAAGAUGCUGACAUCAUAUUUUGUCCCUACAACUAUCUUCUAGAUGCACAAAUAAGGGAAAGUAUGGAUUUAAAUCUGAAAGAACAGGUUGUCAUUUUAGAUGAAGCUCAUAACAUCGAGGACUGUGCUCGGGAAUCAGCAAGUUACAGUGUAACAGAAGUUCAGCUUCGGUUUGCUCGGGAUGAACUAGAUAGUAUGGUCAACAAUAAUAUAAGGAAGAAAGAUCAUGAACCCCUACGAGCUGUGUGCUAUAGCCUCAUUAAUUGGUUAGAAGCAAACUCUGAAUAUCUUGUAGAAAGAGAUUAUGAAUCAGCUUGUAAAAUAUGGAGUGGAAAUGAAAUGCUCUUAACUUUACACAAAAUGGGCAUCACCACUGCUACUUUUCCCAUUUUGCAGGGACAUUUUUCUGCUGUUCUUCAAAAAGAGGAAAAAAUCUUACCAAUUUAUGGUAAAGAGGAGACAAGAGAAGUACCUGUUAUUAGUGCAUCAACUCAAAUAAUGCUUAAAGGACUUUUUAUGGUACUUGACUAUCUUUUUAGGCAAAAUAGCAGAUUUGCAGAUGAUUAUAAAAUUGCAAUUCAACAGACUUACUCCUGGACAAAUCAGAUUGAUAUUUCAGACAAAAAUGGGUUGUUGGUUCUACCAAAAAAUAAGAAACGUUCACGACAGAAAACUGCAGUUCAUGUGCUAAACUUUUGGUGCUUAAAUCCAGCUGUGGCCUUUUCAGAUAUUAAUGGCAAAGUUCAGACUAUUGUUUUGACAUCUGGUACAUUAUCACCAAUGAAAUCCUUUUCAUCAGAACUUGGUGUUACAUUUACUAUCCAGCUGGAGGCUAAUCAUGUCAUUAAAAAUUCACAGGUUUGGGUUGGUACCAUUGGGUCAGGCCCCAAGGGUCGGAAUCUCUGUGCUACCUUCCAGAAUACUGAAACAUUUGAGUUCCAAGAUGAAGUGGGAGCACUUUUGUUAUCUGUGUGCCAGACUGUGAGCCAAGGAAUUUUGUGUUUCUUGCCAUCUUACAAGUUAUUAGAAAAAUUAAAAGAACGUUGGCUCUCUACUGGUUUAUGGCAUAAUCUGGAGUUGGUGAAGACAGUCAUUGUAGAACCACAGGGAGGAGAAAAAACGAAUUUUGAUGAAUUACUGCAGGUGUACUAUGAUGCAAUCAAAUACAAAGGAGAGAAAGAUGGAGCUCUCCUGGUAGCAGUUUGUCGUGGUAAAGUGAGUGAGGGUCUGGAUUUCUCAGAUGACAAUGCCCGUGCUGUCAUAACAAUAGGAAUUCCUUUUCCAAAUGUGAAAGAUCUACAGGUUGAACUAAAACGACAAUACAAUGACCACCAUUCAAAAUUGAGAGGUCUUCUACCUGGCCGUCAGUGGUAUGAAAUUCAAGCAUACAGGGCCUUAAACCAGGCCCUUGGUAGAUGUAUUCGACACAGAAAUGAUUGGGGAGCUCUUAUUCUAGUGGAUGAUCGCUUUAGGAAUAACCCAGGUCGCUAUAUAUCUGGACUUUCUAAAUGGGUACGGCAGCAGAUUCAGCACCAUUCAACCUUUGAAAGUGCACUGGAGUCCUUGGCUGAAUUUUCCAAAAAGCAUCAAAAAGUUCUUAAUGUAUCCAUAAAGGACAGGACCAAUAUACAGGACAAUGAGUCUACACUUGAAGUGACCUCUUUAAACUACGGUACCCCACCUUAUUUACUGGAAGCAGCAAGUCAUCUAUCACCAGAAAAUUUUGUGGAAGAUGAAGCAAAGAUGUGUGUCCAGGAACUACAGUGUCCUAAAAUUAUUACCAAAAAUUUACCUCUACCAAGUGGCAUUAUCUCCAGAAAGGAGAAAAAUGAUCCAGUAUUCCUGGAAGAAGCAGGGAAAGCAGAAAAAAUUGUGAUUUCCAGAUCCACAAGCCCAACUUUCAACAAACAAACAAAGAGAGUUAGCUGGUCAAGCUUUAAUUCUUUGGGACAGUAUUUUACUGGUAAAAUACCGAAGGCAACACCUGAGCUCAGGUCAUCAGAGAAUAGUGCCUCUAGUCCUCCCCGUUUCAAAACAGAAAAGAUGGAAAGUAAAACUGUUUUGCCCUUCACUGAUAAAUGUGAAUCCUCAAAUCUUACAGUAAACACAUCAUUUGGAUCAUGCCCUCAAUCAGAAACCAUUAUUUCAUCAUUAAAGAUUGAUGCCACCCUUAGUAGAAAAAAUCAUUCUGAACAUCCGCUCUGUUCUGAAGAAGCCCUGGAUCCAGACAUUGAAUUGUCUCUAGUAAGUGAAGAUCAACAGUCCACUUCAAAUAGAGAUUUUGAAACAGAAGCAGAAGAUGAAUCUAUCUAUUUUACACCUGAACUUUAUGAUCCUGAAGAUACAGAUGAAGAAAAAAAUGACUUAGCCGAAACUGAUAGAGGAAAUAGAUUGGCUAACAAUUCAGAUUGCAUUUUAGCUAAAGACCUUUUUGAAAUUAGAACUACAAAAGAAGUAGAUUCAGCCAGAGAAGUGAAAGCUGAGGAUUGCACAGAUACAAAGUUGAAUGGAAUUCUGCAUAUUGAAGAAAGUAAAAUUGAUGACAUUGAUGGUAAUGUAAAAACAACUUGGAUAAAUGAACUGGAACUGGGAAAAACUCAUGAAAUAGAAAUAAAGAACUUUAAACCAUCUCCUUCCAAAAAUAAAGGCAUGUUUCCUGGUUUUAAGUAAUAAUACUUAACUCUCAAGCUAAGUAAAAAUAUGUCAUCAUGCUUAUGUUAAACUCUGUUGUAAGUAAAAAUAUGUCAUCAUGCUUAUGUUAAACUCUGUUGUAAGUAAUAAUUUGUAAAUUGAAUAAGUGGCAUACUUUUUAAAAAACUAUUUUAUGUUCAGAAAUGUAAAUGUUAUUAUUCUUGAGUUUUUGGGUUUGUUUUUUUUUUUUUUUUUUUUGAGACAGAGUCUUGGUCUGUUGCCCAGGCUGGAAUGCAGUGGUGUGCUUUCGGCUCACCGCAACCUUCACCUCCAGGUUCAAGCGAUUCUCCUGCCUCAGCCUUCUGAGUAGCUGGGACUACAGGUGUGCACCACCAUGCCCAGCUAGUUUUUGUAUUUUUAGUAGAGAUGGGGUUUCACCAUGUUGGCCAGGCUGGUCUCGAACUCCUGGCCUCGUGAUCUGCCCUUCUCUGCCUCCCUAAGUUGCUGGGAUUACAGGUGUGAGCCACUGUGCCUGGCCUAUUCUUGAGUUUUGAUAAAGUAAUUCAUAUAAAAUAUUGUCCUCAAAUAAGUCUUCCUUAGCUAAAUGCAAUUUAAAAUUAUCCAAAGAUCGUAGGGCACUUCUAGUUUCACGUAAAUAUUCAUAUUAGGUGGUGCUCUUCAUCCAUUUGUUUUCAUACUGAUACAUAAAAAUUAAUAGCAGUCUAAUCUAGUCACACCUGUCAUUUCAUUAUAGAUUUUACCUCAAAUCAGUCCAAGACUUUACCUCAACUCAGUCCAAGACUUUUUUAGAGAUCACCAUUUGUCUUGAAAGGUUUAUUUCGUUAUUAAACUACCUACUUAUAAGUAAUUAAGAGAAAUUAAGAAAGUAGUAUGCAUUUUUAAUUGAAAUUGUUUUACAUUCUUUGUAUAAUAAACCUAAAACCAAACAUGUCAUAAACAAAUUGAUGUAAAGAUAUAAAAUGCCAAAUGAAGUAUUCCAAAUUUUCUAUUCUAAUUAUUUAGCUUCACCAUCAUUUUGGAAAAAAAUACCAGAUCCUGCUUAGUAUUAUAUAUUUUUCCUAGUGGAUCAGUGAGUAAUAAGUACCAAACACUAGACUAGAAGGUAAUUUCUACAUUGUUUAGAAAGGGUGAAACAAUUUAUCCCCUCUGGUAUUGUUCUAGCAUAAGCUUUAGUUAUACAAUGAUUAAGAUAGAAAACUUCAUAUAUAAAUUUGAUAAGCAAACCCACAUUUAUAGCUGCAGCUAAAAUAUGUUUCCUUAGGGCACAGUAAUCCUUUCUGUGAAUUUUGACCUUGUUUGUGUUUUUAUGAAUGAAGCUAUAUGUCUAAUCAAAAAUGAUUAUAAAAGAUGCUCAUCUCUAACAUCAUUCCAAAAAUACAUUCAUUGAUCUUUUUUUAAGAAACAUCUGUUAUUCACUGGGCAUUGGGACUUUUUGUGAGUAAUUUGAAUUGAAAUUUUGUGAGCUAUCCAAGAAUUCUGUAUGGUCUAUUAUUUUCAAAUCAAAAUUUCCAGUAAGGAUUUAUUUUACAUUUCAUUUGGAUAAAUGAAUUAUUAUAUAGGUAUGUCUUUGCUUCCAUUUUGAGACAUUUAGAUUUUUACAGCUUGUUUCUAUAGCAUUUGAUGUUACAACUCUAAGCGUAGUUCAAAGACAUUUAAAUUGACAAUUUACCAGUUAAAGAAUUUAGAAUAUAUUAGAUCCCAUCUAGUAUUAUAUAUUUUUUCUAGUUGAUCAUUGAGCAGUAAAUACCAAAUACUAGAUUAGAAGGUAAUUUUUACGUUGUUUUGAAAGGGUGAAACAAUUUAUCUCCUCUGGUAUUAUUCUUAAACCACAGAUAGGGAUAGUAGGGUAGUGAAACGAAUAAAUACCUGGUAGAAGACAAGAGACUUGGGCUCUACACCUGGCUCUGCCACUAAUUUGCUAAGUCAUAUUGGCAAUCACCACACCCUUCAGGGAAUUAGUUUCAUCUGUAAAAUGCAGCGGUUAGUACUAUAAAAUCAUACAAAUUUCUUUGUGCUUUAAGAAUCUAUAAAGGAAUGUCUGUUGAUAUUCUGAGUCGAUUUUCAUUUGCUUUUGUUCCAGAACGGUUAAAAUAAAGCAUAUUAUUUCAUUAAAAAA